GCAGGCCUUGGAGAACUCCACCGAACAUGAACACUUCCGUCAGUCUGUAGAGACAUCAAGACAAAGCAGGUUCCCAAAGACUGUGAGAUUCUCUUCAGUUGUUUCUCUGAGGGAGGGUGAGAGUCCACAGGAGCACAGCCCAGGGGUGUUGAGUCGCAUCGGGAGCUGGCUGUCGUGGGGUUGGGGCAGAGAUGACCCCAGCUCCCAAACACAGCAAGAGGAGGCUCCUGAGGAGGACCACAGAGAAACCAGCCACCCUGCUGGAGCAGACGACACAGACAGGCCUGCACUAGGUGAGAGCGUUCCAGCAGAGACAAGCCCAUCCCUCGAGCGGAAUGCCAAACAUCUGAGACCUGGCCGUGGAGGGGAGGACGGGACGGGCACGAGGUCGAAAGGUCACGGGGAAACCAGAGAAACCUGCAUAAAAACCAAACGCAGUCAGUCGUUCGAGAGGAGUACGGCACCGGAACUCUUUGAUCAAAUGGGCCGGAAGAGAUCUGGCAGAAGGAGGCGGAGCUCUCACGGAGAUGAGGGCGGAGCUCAAACUAAAUCCCCAACCAAUCCCCAACCUGAAAGCCCUGCAACAACCAGUUUGACGAGCAGCCCGCGGACAGCAUGUGCUGACUCAGCCGUUGAGGAGGCGGCAAACAGCCUUCAGGAGCCAAACUCAGGUAGACGUGAGGAUGUCGUCCGCGUGGAAUAUUUGGAAGCAAACCUGAGUGAAGAUUCGGUUGAGGUGGUUUGUUCAGAUAUGGACGAGGAACGGGUGGUGAGGCUGACGGAGAGCGCUGAAUCCAAACGCAGGAGCAUCAAAGUGUCUCACAGCGAGGUGGUCUUCGCUAAAAAGGUGGUGGUCACCUCAGAGGACCAAAAUGAAGACCAAAAUAUGGCUUUUAAAGACACUACGGACACCAAACGACCAAGAGCUGAGGAAACAUCAAGAUUUCCGGAAGACAGAGUGGACGGCACCAAUGUAAAGUCCAGUCAUAACAAGGCCAGAAUCGCAGACAAGAUCAGUCUGUUUGAGCGAGGAGCCACCAGUGCAGUCAGUAGCUCCACAAACCUGCGUCACCUGGAUAUUCCUCCAGCUCAAAAUGUGGCCAGUCGUUUGAGAGAUUUGACAGAACAUGCCGGAACACGGUCCAGUUCUGCACCUCCAAACCAAACGGUUAAAGAGAGGGCGAAGAAUUUCAGCACGGGGAGGAGAGAGGAAGAGAAGCUGACGUUGACGUCCGGUCGUAUGUUGAACGAAGGACAUUCAAAAACGACUGAAAUAUCGUGUUCUGGACGUUUUGAAAAAUCUAUAGCAAAGACAGACACCAGUGGAGAGUCAAAGUUUAAAUCCAAACCUCAUUUAAAUAUAGAUCAACCUGACUCUAAAUCCUACAGUGCUACACCUGCAUCGUCUGAGAGCACAGGUGACUCAAGCGUUGGGAAUAAAAAGACGGAUUCUCUCCCGACAGUUUCAUCACCUACUGACAAGUCCCCGCAGGUGAAAUCACCAACCCGGACAGGCACAAGAUCUAAAAAACGUCGAGGCAAAGACCCGCUCAGCCCCACCAAACAAGAAAUGGGUCAAGGUAAACAGGAAGUCAAGGACAAACCUCUUGUAGAUGCAAGAGACGUUGUAAAGACCCCAGAGCAGAACACCUCUGAUAAAGAAAGACCCAACAAAAAACCCUCAGUCCCUCCCAAGUUGGAGAAAGCAGAAGAAAUUAUGCAAAGCACACAAAAGAAAUCGGACUCAAAGAAUGCUGACACAAAGCUUCCUUCAGAAGUGAAAAGCAAGGAUGAGAAGGAGAGUGAGAAUAGCGGUGACUUUGAAGCACAGAUAGUUGCCGUUGCUUCUCAAACAUAUCCUUCUACAUCCAGAAAGGACAGCUCAAAUAAAGAGAAGAUACAGACAGACAUUGACUCAAAAACGGAAGAGAAACAAAAAAACAGCAACAAAAAGCAGCACUCAGAAGGAGAGCAGGGAGACAAGCAGAGGAACAGAGCCGUGAUUGUAAACUCGUUGUUUGGAGAGUCAGAUAAACCAGAUCCAUCUGUGACAAAAGAAGAGAAACCACUGUCCCCAGAGGACCUGAAAGAGACCAGAUCUAAAGACUCCUCUGAGCCAGCCAAUAGCAGCGCUGCAACCUCCAGGAACAAUGCCAUGCCAAACUGUGGGAAUGAGACGGAUACACUGGUCUUACCUGAGAAACCAGUAAAUACCCCUGAAAAUAGCCCAAAAUCGGCACAAAGACUGUCAGAGAUGAACCGAAAAAGUCAGGAAAAGGACUGUCUGACCAGUCAGAACCAGAAAAUUGACCUUGUUACAGAAAUAACUGAUCAACUGAAAACAACUGAGACACACAAACAUAGUAAGGAAGUCAAAACAUCAAAGCCAACUGAGCUGAAAAUAGAACGUAAAUCAAAACAAGCUAAAUCAAAGGACAUCACCGUUGUGAGACAGCAAGACAAAACAAUUAUGGGAACCAGUCAAGGUAAAGAAACUCAGACUACUGAGAAAAACUCUGAAUUGUCCAAUCAGACUAAAGGAAACACCACUUCUACCAGCAAGACACCAGCAACACCAAACCCUGCACUGGUCAAAGACCAAAAUGAUAAAAUGGACACCAUAAUUUCACCUCAAAUUGCAUCUACAGAGGGAGGCGGUCCCAAUAGAGAUGGGCCACCCCAACAGAGCCAAUCAGAGAGCAGAGAACAGCAGAAGACAGAGACAUUAUCUAGUAAAAGGGAUUUACACCAGAAACAACAAAAGCCUAGCACUGAAACUAAAAAGGGAGGCACCAAAGAAACCAAGAGUAAAAUCACUGUCACAGAAAUGACAUUCAUAGUGAACGGCGAUAUUCACUCUGUAGAGACAGAAGAUCAGUUUUCUGACAAACCUAAGCAGUCUGGAAAAGAAAUACUUGGAAAAACCUUACCUGAAAUACCAUCCAAUAACGAAAGUCCGUCUCUGAGCUCAUUUUCAUCUGAAGCCACUGUAGCGUCCACUGAGCAACCUGACCAGGUCAGUAAAAACUUUACCGCUAAACCAGCCUCAACAGAUUAUACUCUAUCAAACUCAGCGAAUAAAAAAACAACUAAUGAAAAGACCACACAUUCUGCAUCAUCAACUGUAGAGUCUACCUCCACUUCUUUAGGCUCUGAUGAUGACAAGACCACACCUCCAUCAAACUUAACUAAUGAAACUACUACAAUUCCACCUACUUCAACUAAUGAAAAGACCAAAUCUUCAUUAGACUUGGCUAGUAGAAAGACAAAUAAUGAAGAGACUAUGACUCCACCGGCCUCUACCAAUAAGACAACUAAUGACAAGUCCAAACCUUCAUCAGCUUCAACUAAUGACAAGACCACACCUGCAAAAUCCCUGACUAAAGAAAAUGCUGUACCUUCACCCGCUUCAACCACUGAGACGAUCUCUGCUUCAUUAGGCUCCAGUGAUGAGAAGAACAAACGUCCACCAGACUCAACCAAUCCAGCAGUCUCUACUGAUAUCACUACUAAAAAUGAGAGGACCACACCACUGCCAGGGUCAUCCUCCUUCCCAAUAACCCCUAUGAAUGGAGAGAAUAUAGUUCCAAUUCCUUUAUCUAAAGAAAAGACCAAAUCACCACCAGACUAUGACAGUGGAAAGACCACACCUUCUCCAGAAUCAGUUAAUGAAAAGCCUUCAGCUCUUGAAGUCUCAGUGAAACAAAAGAUCUCCUCCAGUAAAUCUAUAGAUCCAUCCACAAGAAAAAAGGAAUUUGUCCUCAAACCCUUUCUCCUUCCACAAAUCCCCAAUGCACGCAGCAGCUCCUCCCAGAGCAGGGACUCUCCAUCUAGCUGGCUUGAUGUGGAUAACCAACGUCCCAUAAGGAAGAAGCUGUUGAUUCCAGAUCCCAAGCUGAGCUCCUCCGUGAGUGAGACCAACCUCCUGAACACAUCGGGAGAGUUUGACCCAGAUGACUUUGUUGCAAAUGUGAAAAGGCUAGCAAUGCCAUUCAAUCUUCCUCAACGCAAACACAACAAACAUCGCCUGCAAACACCUCCGUUUGCCAUGCCUGCCAUAAAAGAAGACCGCUUUGAGAAACCCUUUGAUCCGGAGGAGUUCCAGUACGGCUUGAGGCGAAGAAAGGAAUUCACUCUGGAUCUGGCAACCAGUUCGACAUCCAAGAGUCAAGCAACGAUAGUCAAGGAGGUGGACACCAAACCUAAGCGAGAGAGCAUCCUCACAAGGUCCCUGAUCUUCCAGAGAGCAAGGAAGGAGUCUGAAAAAGAAGAAGGAGAAAAUAUGGAGGAAUCAGUUGAAAAUACAACAGAACCACUGAAGGCAAAGUCUCGUUUAGAGAGGUGCUCUAUUGUCAGCAUUCUACGCAGCCCCAACAAAGUGAGACGAAUGGAGUUUUUAAGCCCCACUGAGUGUCCUUCAGAUGGGCUGUUAUCCCCCAUCGAUGGUUCUGGGUCUACAGCACCUCCGCAAUCACGACUAGCACCUACUACAGAACCACCUACACUGGUCCCAGUAGAGGAAACCUUUGCUAAGAAUGACAGCCGUGGUACCCAGUCUGGUUCUUAUGUUAUUCUGAAACCUAACAAGGACAUUGGGUCUGCCGUGACACCUGACCUCAAAACAACUUCAAGAGACCCCACGGUCACUCUUUCAACAGACACUAAUGCUCCUUCUCCUCCAAGUGGUACCCCGAUUAGUUCCCAGGUUGUACCGAAACCUACGAAAGAUGAUGGAACUACCCUGGCACCUGACUCGAAAACAAUUUCAACAGACCCUUCAGUCACCAUGAUAACAGACACUAAUGUUCCUACACCUAGUUGUACCCAGUCUUAUUCCCAGGAUGUUCAAAAACCGACCAAGGAUGAUGGACUUUCCAGGACAUCUGACCUCAGCACAGCUUCAGGAGACACCACAGUCACCAUGUUAACAGACACUAAUGCUCCUUCUCCCAGUGGAGCCCAGACUAGUUCCCAGUUUGUAUCAAAGCCUAUGAAAGAUGAUGGACCUACACUGCAACCUGACUUGAAAAGGACUUCAUUAGACCCUCCAGUCACCAUGUUAACAGACAUUAAAGCUGCUCCAACAUCUAGUUAUACACAAUCUGGUUCACAGAAUGUUCUAAAACCCAUCAAUGAUGAUAUACCUGCUAUGAAACCUGACCUCAGAACAAUUUCAAGAGAUCCCACAGUCAAGUUUACAGACACUAAUGCACAACCACUUCUCAUUGGUACCCACACUGGUACUGAUGUUGUUCUGCAACCUGAUGGACCGACCCGGAAAACAACUCCAGUGGAGCCUACAGUCACUAAAGUACCAGAUGCUAAUGCUCCUCCACCACUUCCUUCCUUCGAUGACAUUAAGUUGCCUAGUGUCCUGGAGGAAUUUCUUCCAAAGAAACCUGAGAAUGCUCAGCCAUCGAAUAAGAUCAACCCACUGGUGGCUAGAGAAAGUGCUUCCACGCCUGGUCUAGUGGAUCUAAAUAAGGCUGUUGAUGAAGCUGAUGGGAAGGUCCCAGAAGAUAUUAUUCCACCCGCACCUGUAGUUCCAGCGGCUCAAAUCCCUCAAGCUAAACCUCAAAGAGAACUACCAAAUAUUCCAGCUGUUCGUGGAAUCCACCGGCGACCUGGAAAGAUUGUGAUAUUUGAGCACCAUCACUUCAGUGGACAGUCCUUUGAGUUCUACAGGGAUCAACCUGAUGCCACACACAUGCAACUGUCCGGUGUCAUAUCAAUUAAAGUGGUCAGAGGAUGCUGGAUACUUUAUGAGAAACCAGGAUUUGAGGGACGAUGCAUCGCUCUGGAAGAGGAAGGAGUUGUAGAACUGCCCAAUCAAUGGGCAGAAGAGGGUGAAGAAGCAUCUGUGGUUAUUGGCUCAAUUCGACUGGCUGUCAGAGACUACACUCCUCCCCGGAUAGAGCUGUUCAGCGAGCCCGCUGGCAGGGGCAGGAGCUCUGAGUAUCUGGAUUACACAGAGGAAGUGGGCAGUUUCAGCCAUCCUCAGAACACCGCUUCCAUUAAAGUCCACAGUGGUCUGUGGAUGGUUUACAGUGAUCCGGGUUUCCAGGGUCUGCUGGCGGUUCUGGAAGCCGGAGAGUAUCCGUUCCCGGAGGAUUGGGGUUUCCUGUCGCCCGCGGUCGGCUCUCUGAGACCUCUGCGUAUGGGCGCUCUGAAGGUGGAGAAGCCGAACGCAGUCAAGGCCGUGUUGUAUGAAAAGGCUGGUCUGGAGGGCCGAUGUGUGGAGGUUCAUGGAGACGUGACGGAGAACCACGGACUGGACGGAGUGCAGUCACUGAAGAUCCUCGGAGGCCUGUGGGUGGGAUACGAUGGCGAGGGCUUCGAGGGCCAGCAGUUCGUUCUGGAGGAAGGAGAGUAUCUGGAUUGGACAGACUGGGGCGGGACGGGGGACAAGCUCCUCUCUCUGCGGCCCGUCCUCAUGGAUUUCUCCUCCCCUCAUAUGAAGAUGUUUAGUGAGCCGGACUUCUCCGAGCGCGGCGUCAGCCUCGACCUCCUGGAGCCGCUGGAUAACGCCGUGAACACACCCUACGGCCCGCAGACGCGCUCCAUCGAGGUCCUGUCCGGAGUGUGGGUGGUGUUCGAGGAUCCCUGGUUCUCCGGUCAGCAGUAUGUUCUGGAGAAGGGUCUGUACGGAAGCCCGGAGGACUGGGGCGCAGCCCACAGCCGGAUCUCCUCCGUCAUCCCCGUCAUUCUGGAAAAUCUAGAAAACUCCUGCCACUUCCAGAUUGAGCUGUUCUCUGAGUCUGGAUUUGGUGGGACGUCUGUCCUGCUGCAGGACUCCUUACCCACAAUGCCCUGUGGCUUCAGCGUGCGCUCCUGCAGGGUUUAUGCCGGAAGCUGGCUGGCGUUUAGCCGUGACAGUUUCUCUGGUCAUCAGUGUGUUCUGGAGGAGGGGUUUUAUCCUAAUCUGUGGACGAUGGGUUUCACACAGCCGGACGAGUCAGUGCUGUCGCUCCAGCCCACUGGACACGAGCUCUCUGUGCCGGCGGCGGUGCUGUUUGAGCGCUCUGGACUCAGAGGAAGGAGGACGGUCCUGAAGUCAGGUUCAGUGAAUCUGCAGAUGACACACAGCUGCUCCAGAGUCUCGUCUGUGCUGGUGCAAGGCGGCAUCUGGGUUCUGUACGAGGAUCAUAACUUCAGAGGCUCUCAGAUCCUGCUGAAGCCCGGCGCCGUUCCUGAUUGGCCUAAACUCUCCUCCUGGCUGCGAAUCGGAUCGCUGCGGCCGCUCAUACAGAAACAAGUGCAUUUCCGUCUGCGGAACAAAGAGGCGGGGCUACUGAUGUCCGUCAGCGGCUCAUUGGACGACAUCAAACUGAUGCGUAUCCAGGUGAGCGAGGAAACGGGCGGAGCUGAGCAGAUCUGGACCUAUCAGGACGGUCUAUUACAGUGCAAGUGUGUGCUGGACGUGUGUGUGGACGUGAGUUCUGGUGUCCUGAUGUCCGGCAGCAGAGCCGUUCUCUCCGCUGAACUCGGAAAACAGCUCUGGAACGUCACGAGCGACGGGAUCAUCCGGAGCGACGCCAGACCAGAGCUCGUGCUGGAGGUCAAAGGAGGUCAACAGUUCGACAAACGCCAGAUUAUUCUAAAUGAGUUCCACCCGGACAAACUGAACCAGCGCUGGACUCUGGAGAUCCUCUGAGCUCUGCUGCGGAGCUGCGCCAGGGGGACCGGCGUCCUGUGAGGCAGCUGCACCAGAGGGACCAUCAACUGUGGAAAUCUUAUUCUCACGAGACCCAGUGGAUUGAAUAUAGCAAUAAUCCACUGGACAUCAUAUUAUUUUUUUAUUUUUUUUCAAGAACUCUCAGAUUUGAGCACAUACUUGAACAGUAAUAACUAUUUUCUUUUGUAUAAAUUGCAUGAACGCAUGUGUUUGGACAUUGAUCUCAGCUGUAUUAAACACAAGUCUUGUUUGUAAGUAAA